AUGUUUUUUUUUGCUGAUACAUGCAUACUUCUUUUAUCCCAAGCCCUCUUUUUUACCUUCGGCUGGUUUUUUUUCCUGAAACAGCUCUUUAAGGACUAUGAGGUUCGCCAUAAAGCUGUUCUUAUUAUUUUUUCUGUGACGUUUUCAUUUUCUUGUACAUUAUUUGAGCUCGUGAUAUUCGAAAUCCUCGACGUGCUUGAUGCAUAUUCCAGAAGAGCUUAUUGGUCAUUAGUAAUUACUUUGACACUUGUCGACGUUAUUCUCAUUCUUCCUAUGUAUAUAUUUUACUUUAUCGUAAAGUCCUUACGAUACGUCCCACCUAAUCAAUCCUUGCACUGCUUUUUUUCACUUAUCAUGUGGGGUGUCUAUAUAUUUCUCUUCUGGAAGGUAGGAGAUUCGUUUCCCAUCCAGGGUCCUCGACAGGAUAUUUUGAUGAUGGAGCAAUGCAUAAGCCGAGUUGGUGUCAUCGGUGUCACAAUAAUGGCUCUCCUGUCCGGAUUCGGCGCUGUUAACUAUCCUUAUACUUGCAUGACCCUUUUCGCUCAAAAGGUUAGUGCAUCUGAAAUCCAAGGGGCAGAAAAACGCUUGUUACAAACAAUGGACAUGAUACUUGUUAAAAAAAGAAAAUUGGCCCAAUUCAGAUUUGAAGCCAAGUCUGCUGUGAAUAGCAAAGCUGGAGGUAUAUGGGAUGUUAUACGCUCGGUCGGAAGUUCGCUUUCCUUCAUCGCCAACGAAAAAGCUCUAAAACAGGAGGUAUUUGUCCUAUAA